AAUGAUUGAGUACAAUACCAAGUACACACUUGAAUGGUGGGCACAAAGACAACCAAACUUUCUCGAAUUUUGUUAUUAAAAAGGCAGUAUGGCUCGAUAUUCGGGUUCAAAACAACUUCAAGGAAAUUGGCUGAUUGUCGAAUGUAAGGCCCACACAGCAGACGAUACCAGCUUACCUAAUUUGAAGGGAAUUGAAUUUCAAUUAGAAAAAGGAGGUUCUGUUAUUUGGAAAAAUGAACGCAACGUCGAUUUCCCCCCUACAUUCUGUGAUACUUAUGAAGUAUACUCUUCAUCUUUUUCAACUUUUGUUCGGUUUGCUGGAUUCAGUGGGAGUGUUAUUGAAUUUCGAGUAGAAAAGCCCUCCCAUCAAGAGCUGAUUCUCUACUUUGAUUCGUGGAUCAUUUUAACAUGCAAAAGAAUUACAACUAAGACCCAAAGUGGUUUAGACAAUCCAUUCACUCUCACACAUGCACUGGAAGAAGGAUAUUUUUCUGACUUUGAAUUGUGUGCAGCAAAUGGCCAUUCAUUCCAGGUACACAAGACAAUUCUCUCUCUUGGUCUAGGUGACUUUGAUUGGGAAUCCUUGAAUGGGCUACCAGAAGCUGUACUUUCUACAGCACUACAUUUCAGCUAUUCCCACCAUCUUCCCUCAACACUGAGCAGCCAAACAGCUAAAUUAUGCAUUGAGCAUUUCCAAAAUCAACAGGCAAUGGCAAACCUUGUUGAGUUGUGCCAAUCUUUCCUAAGAAAUACAGCUGCAAGAGUUGAUUUGCACAGCCUAGUUAACAGCAUUCAUUUUUCACUAGAACGUAUGAUCUCAUUGUUUGAUAGUAAUAACGAAGCUGAUAUGCUCGUCAAUGCUGCUCGGUUGUGGCAAUCGGUCAAACAAAGUUUAGGAGAAGGUGUCCUUGUGGUCAUUCGGUUUGUCCAAUUAUGCGUGACGUUUACGAAGCAUAAAACAGAUUUGUCAUCUGAAGAACGUCGAGAGGUCAUGACGUAUUUUCGCUCCAGGCUGCCAGUAUUUGUUUCUCAAGUUUAUCGCCUUCUAAAAUGCUUCCGCAAUCUUAUUGGCGGGCUUUCAGCAAGUCAGAAUUUUGUCCUGGCCAGCUACAUAGCUCCGGAGGUGGAAGGUGCGUUGUCUGUCAUUUGGGCCUUAGCCAUAGAAUGUAAAAAUAUCACCGAACAGAUUGCAUUUUCUUUUCGUGCCCAAACUUUGACUGGCCACUGUAUUGCUGAUACUUUGCUUGACAAAGAAGCCCAUAAGCUGAAGAACUUGCACGAAAAGCUUUUGCUAGCCGUCAAAUUUCUAUCACAUAAAAAGGAAAAGUAUACAGAAAUGAGUGUAUCCUCGCAAGUACGCUCCGUCAUGCGAAAUAUAAAACUUUUUGUGGAAGAGAUUCCGUUGGUCAUCUUCCGUCUAGAAGAAAUUAUCGCUUCUCUGGACGUAUCUCUAACCAUGGCUGAAUUUCAAUUCACGUUUUACAACGUUUCGUCGAAAAUAAACCAGACAAUUAGUCAUCUGAGAGAAAUCAAAACGGAACCUAACGUUCGCGCCUUACUUCAGCAAGUCUGCGAUCUGGUGCAGCGAGAAGAAUUGAACGCGUCAUUGAUUGCAUUGGAACUACUAGAAAACACUGGACCGUCUACUACACAUUCCACAUGUCCACCCAACACUGAAUCUACUGGAGCUGACUCUUUGCCAACGAAUGGCGACUUAAGUAUGUUUGGCCCGCUGUGUCGCGAGCCUAUGGCAAGCAAAAGUCCCCUUGCUCGCCAAGUGUUUUUACUUUUAGAAAACCAAAAUAAUUCAGACCUAGAAUUUGUACUUCCAUCUGAUGCUGAUGCGAGCCAAAUUAGCCAUUUGGUCAAAGCACACCGUGUAAUAUUAGCUGCAAGAUGUCGUUGGUUUCAUCGAGCUCUUUUGUCUGGAAUGCGAGAAGCAAUUGACAGGAAAAUCACAUUGCCCGACUGUUCUGCCCAGCUGCUAUCACUAUUUCUCCGUUUCCUUUAUGGUGACCAUAUUGAUCAAACUACUCUCAGUAAUGAGCAACUAAUAGAGUUGUUAAUCAUGGCUGACCGGUUUGAGGUCGAACAACUUAGUUCCGGCUGUCAGACUGUUUUGACCUCUCGUUUAGACAAUUCAAACGUUCUGUGUAUGCUAGCCAUCGCUGAUCAAUGGUCGGCUACACAACUUCAGGAGUCUUGCAUUGCCUUUAUUUGGAAACACGGAGACUUGGUUGACAAAGAAGGGUUAGAGGACCUUCCUGCUCAUCUGAGAUCCCAAGUGCAGCUUCAUACUUCAAACUCGAAUACAACGAAGCAUCACUGGCUAAGUUCAUCGCUCUAUAGCGGAGAUACCUACCGUGAUAUGUGGGGGGUGACCAGUAGUGAUCGAAGUAGCAGUAGUAGGAGUAGCAGUUCUAGUUCCAGUAGUAGCAGUAGUAGUAAGGAGAGCGUGGAUCUUUUGCAAGAAUUGACGAAUGAAAUGCGUAUUGCUGUAGCUGAAGUGGAACAAGAGCAACAGGAACAGCUUCUGGAAAAUUGCGUCUCGGCUCUUGAAGAUAUCCUCGGAGGUGAAGUUUCUAGGCCUGAGCUUUUGCGGUUAGCCCUGGCGGCUGACUGUGACAUUAAUAGAGCCGUCAACUAUUACCUUGCGCAGCCGGAUCCUAGUAACGUUAGUACCAAAGGUUCCAGUAAAUAAAUAUUCAAACUUACCCCACUCGUGAUGCAUACAUUUUAAAUUUCCGCCGAUCGUUCUGUUACAACAGCUGCUCGAAUCUUUCAUCAACCAUUGUAUUGGUUUUCUUGCGUGGUUUCCCUCACUUGCUAUCGCCUAUUCACAUCCCAUUCAAAAUAUCGUUUAAUAUUAUUAUAAUUGUUUACGGUUUCUUUUUUGUUUGAAUCCUUUAAUCUUGUAUUUUAUUCUGGUAUUUUAUUGAUGGACGACGUUUUGUAUUCUAUAAUUAUUUCUGUGAACCGUCUCGUUACUUAUGACGUCGAUUGUGCAAUCAUCUCUAAAUUUUUACUUUAUAGAAGAGUGGCUAUAUAAUUAUCGGAAUUAUCCCACUUCCGCAUUAGUCUUUUUUUGUCAUUUAGUUUUUCUUAAUUCGAAUACACUGUUGUAAAAGUGUC